AUGAAUAAUUCAAAUAAGAGAAAGUCCGUAUCACCAAGCACUCCAAAUAAGCCAAAGUACGUGUCACAACCAAGAAAUGUCACAGCCACCACUAAUCUUGGAAGCUUAAAUAAUUCAAUUAUACAAAGAAUACAUAAUUCUUCGCCUCCUCCGCCGCCAUCAAGAAAACCAGAUUUUGAUUGGAUUUUAGAUGAUGAUGAUAGCGAAUUGUUUUCUAGAAAUUUAAUUAACAUUAAAAAAGAUACAAAAAAGCAUGAAAGAUGUAUAUUUAAAUCAAUAGAUAAUUUGCAGAACAAGGAGGACAUUAAUUUAGAAAAUAAUAUUGUAAAGAAAUGUUUAAAAAAUAUUCAUACAAUUAAUAAAAAGAAACUUAAUGGUGGCGGUGAAUUUUCUACGCUGGCGAAUCACAAAAAACUUGAACCAUCACUGACAUUACCAUUAGAAAUCGAAGAAUCCCUUAAAGAACUGUGUCGUAUUGCUGAAUUAACACCUGAGGUUCAUCUAGAAAAACUUAUCGAAUUGUUUGAAAAAUUAUAUUUAGAGAUUGAUGUCAAUCGGGAUUGGCCUUUACAAUCAAAAAUAUUAAUGUCACGAAUAUCAAGGAUGAUAAAAACGAUUGGAAUUAUUUAA